CAUAACCCUACCCCUAAUUGAUAGUUUACUAGCGACCAGUCCAAGUUCUUGCAACACCGAAGGUCGCGCUAUUUUUUAAUUCUUCUUAAUUUGACGACAAUGCGAAUUAUUGAAUUGUACAGUGGCAUCGGAGGCAUGCAUUAUGCAUUAAAAGAAAGCGAAGCUGAUGGCACAAUAAUCGCAGCCAUUGACAUAAACACCGUAGCCAACGAAGUAUAUCGUUAUAAUUUCCCCUCAGACAAAAUUAUUAGUCGAAAUAUCGAGUCCAUUUCUCCUGAGGAGCUAAAAAAACUGAAUAUUGAGGGAAUACUCAUGAGUCCUCCUUGCCAGCCGUUCACACGACUCGGACUACAGAAAGACAAAAACGACCGCAGGACGUGUUCUCUAUUCCAAGUCCUAAAAAUCAUAAAACACCUCGAGACUCUCAAAGUCAUUCUGAUGGAAAACGUCAUGGGUUUCGAAAAAUCAGAGACUCGAGACUCCCUAAUCCAGACAAUACAGGAUACAUUCAACUAUAAAGAGUUAAUCCUAAGCCCCAAUCAAUUUGGGAUUCCUAACAGUAGGAAAAGAUACUAUCUCAUAGCUAAGAGAAAAAAUCUGAAUUUCCUUUUCGAUGACUCGUCAUUAGUUCAAGACAUCCCUGAAAGUAUCCGCAAAAUCCUUCCAACUUUGAAUAAAAUUAAUCUUCUGAGAAUCCAAAAUAUUUUAGAGGAUGAUGAAACCGAUGAAAAUAAAUUGGAAAGAUAUGUUUUAUCAGAAGAAACUGUGCAAAAACGUUUGAACGUGUUGGACGUGAGGGGUCCCGACUCCGCUGGUUCCUGUUGCUUCACAAAGGCUUAUUCCAGAUAUGCAGAGGGAACUGGCUCAGUUUACUCCCCCUUGCCUCAAUCUAGAGUUGAUGAAUCCAUUAGUAUAAUCGAAAAUACGGAAGAUCCUGAGGAACGGUUGGAAUUGAUAAGGAAUUUGAGGCUGAGGUACUUCACUCCCAAAGAAGUCUCACGAUUAAUGUCAUUUCCUGAGGACUUCAGCUUUCCCAAUUCCACCACAGAUAAGCAGAAGUAUAGGUUACUGGGCAACUCAAUAAAUGUACACGUAGUUAGCCAGUUAAUUCGUAUUUUGAUGAAUUCUUGAUGAAUAUAAUGAAACACAUAAAUUAAA